AGCCAAAACAAAAUUGUUUUUAACACCCUCCGUCACUUUCCCUUCCCUUUCCUCCCUUUUCCAUUCCACCAAACUGACCCGUACUUCUCAUCUAUUACUCUCUUUCCUUCAUGUACACAAGUUAAACCUUGUGUAUUUUGGAUGGUAAUGGUAUGGAUCCGUAGAAAUGAAUCGGAGUUUGAAGGAAUCUCUGAUCGGAGGGAGGUCGCAGUACCGACGAGGUCUCAGUCUCAACAGAAUCUCCAAGGAUACGGACGAGAACUUGGAUCUCUUCUUUAGGAAUCGCCGGAGUCUCUCCGUUGCUUCGUCCGACGAAUCCGAUGUUUCAGUGAAAUUGGGGAGGCUUUCAGUUGGAUUAGCGAAACCCUAACUACCAGACCGACUUCUUCUUCUACGUCUUCGUCCGAGGACACCAAUUCAUGGGCUGUUCAUGCUUAGUCGCCGCCGGACUGCACUAAUGGCAGUGGCCGGGCAUACGCUUCAUUCUCUCUCCAAGGAUUCAUGAGAUUUCGAAGGCAGGUGAUCAGGAUUAUACCAGCUCGGUGCCUCCUCUUGAUUACAAGGCAAACCCCUUGUUUCCAUCCUUGGUAAAGCCAAUGAUUUAGGCUUGAUCUUUCUCACACCAAUUGGAAUUUGGUAAUACCUGGUGAAGUAAAGUUGGAGAGCUCGUCGAGGCCGUCGAUUUGAUAGGAGCCAAGUACCAUUUGGCCAAGCCUAGGGAUUUCGAAUUUAGGGCUUGAAAUUGGAAAUUUUGGGGUUUUUCUUCAAUUUGGAGAGGAAACGGGAAAGAAGUGGCGGAUGACUUUUCACCACAGGCCUAAUUUGAAUUAGAAAACUUCUUUUUGCUAUUUUUGUUUUAAGUCCCAUAUUUUUGUAAAAUCUUAGUUUGUUAUAUUUGGUAUAGAGAUUUGUGAACUCUUGUUAUUGUAACUAUAUUUUGGGGGUGUAAUUAUGAUAAUUUGGAUUAAACGGUAUGUAGAUGUUCCACCAUGAGAUGAGCCAUGUUGAGGUAUAAUGAACGGAUGGAUGGGAUGUUGGAGUAUAUUAAUUGUAUUAUGUGUUGAGACAGGUUUGAAGUGUUUUGAAAGGCCAGGAAGGGCCAUUACGUUUUUUUAAUUUGAGCAGGUGGUUGUAAUCCCCUUUUUAGGGGAGGUUAUGCUAAUUUUUUUUUUUUUAAAUGGUAUUAGUUUAGGGUCAUUACAUAUAUACCAAGAUUCAUUAAAUUCACAAGGUUAGAACACUAAUCACAACAAUAUAUAUAUAAAUUCCCAAAAAUAGAAAUACAAGGGUUUAGAUUACACAAGACUUAGGGCUUAUCCAAGCCCUAAGUGUAGAUCUAGCCAAUCGUGGAGGAGGUGGAUGUGGUCAUGAAACCUUCAAGGGUAAGCUCCAAACAUGGCUCCAUCUUCUUCUUCUUCUUCUUUGAAACUCUAGAGAGAGAAAGAGUAAGUGAAUCUAGAGAUGUGUUCUUGAGAUGUGCUUCCACUUCUCUCUUCUCCUCUAACCCUAAUCUCUAAUUUUCUAGAGAGAGAAAGUAAUGAAAAUAUAGAAAUUACAAUGAAAUAUAUCAAUCUCUCUACAAAAAUGGUUGAAUCCCUCUUAUAUACAAGGCUCUGAGAGCCCAAAUAUGUGAGAACUCGGCCCUAGAAUCUUCCCUUACAAGCUCUGCCCAAGUUGGGUCGAAAUGAGAUUCAGAUCUGCUUUUUAAUAACUUUCACGAACAGUUCAAUCGAUCAGAGAAAAGUUCGAUUGAUCAAAGUUGGUUCGAUCAAUCCAACUUUUCUCAGAUCUAUCCAACUUGGCAGUUUUUCAACAUUAGCCUCCUUUUGCUCCAAAUUCUCACAAAGACUUAGUUUGACUCCAAAAAGGCAUUAAAAAGCCAUUUUUAGCUCGUUUUAACUUUAUUGACCUAAAAAGGGAAAUAACAAGAAAUUAGUUUAAAACGGAAAAAUAAGAUAAAUAAAGGUUCUAGAAUGUUCAAGCUUAAGGGGUUUAAAUGCGCACUUUUCAGCGCUCAUCAAAAUGUAUUAAGUUGUAUGGUAUGGCUUUGUAAUAUAACUAGGUGCUUAUACUCCAUUUUAAUGUUAAUUUGGGACAAAAGUGUAAAGACUUUGUAUUAAUUUUUAGUUGAAUGGGAAAACUGAUGUCGCAUUCCAUUAACUUGUUGAUGUAAGUGACCAUGGCAUGUAGAGCAUUAUUUUGCAUUGUGUUAGGACAGGUUUUGGACUUGGAUUAAGGUCACUAUGGGACAAUGGGGUACCUAAGUGUACAAAUGUUCAACCUUAGGCUUUUCUGGGCAUUUUUUUUCAGGUUCUGGACUUGGGGAACCGGUACCUCAUCCGGGAACUGGUUUAAGGGAUACUUUGGUUCAUGUUUGGGCAUUCUGUCCAUGUGGAAUAGGUACCAAGUUUGGGAACCAAUUCCAGCCCUCCGGUGGGCUUUUUGCCCUUCACAGUUUUAUCAGCUUUGAUUACGUAAUUUCGGACGGUCAUAACUUAUUCAGUCUGAAUCCAAAUAGGAUCAUUCUUGAGUCCAUUUUCAAGGAUUUUGUGUUAGCUUUCUAAUGAGACUAAUCUCAUCUUCAAAUUCCCUUCAUGUUGAGAGUUAUGGCUGUUUUAGUAGAAUAAUAUCGGAAUUUCCCUUGAACCGAGUAAGGAUACUUUUGGGAAAUCAUAACCGAUGACUGUAGAACCUCACCGAGUGUCAGGGUAUGAUUAAGAAUGAUUGUUUUAAACCUCAUUUGAUAAGUUUAAGGAUGGAUUAUCCUCUUACAUUGUAAAAUGACCAUUUUACCCCUAGUUUGUGUUCGGGUUUGGUUAAGGACUCGGUUAGCGAUCCAGACCCCCGAUUUGGGUCAUUACAGACAAUAAGGACCUAAAGCUAGUGGCAGUUAUAGCCGCUUCUCUUCUGUGCAUCACUAUACUAGCAUUUGGAAAGGCUCACAUUCGAAGACCUCCCAAGUACUACAUCAAGACUAUACUGUACUAUGUCUAUAAUGCCGUUUUAGUCUUAGGAGUUUCUUACGCGGUAGGUGAUCUAAUCAAGACACUCAUGGAGAAGCUUGGCUGGUUCGAGUCAAGUGUAGAUGUCACUCUGUCCUUUCCUGAUAUGAGAUCAGGAAAUCCAUCUUGGAGGUCCUAUUGAUGUCAUGAUCAGACCUGAAAAACAAAGUUGCUCAUGGCACUUGUUAAUUAAUAAUUGUCACUUGUAGGCUUGCAGUUGCAGCUGUUUGUUUAUAAGUUGUAUGUUUUUUUCACUUUGCUCUUCCUUGGUCUUCUGAACUAGGAGGCAGUGUGGAGGACCCAAUAAUUAUUUGGUCUUAAUAAUUAUUUGGAAUAAUGUUCAAUUCUUCAAGUUGAUUGUUGAAUUUGAAGGGUAAACCAGCUACUGUCAUUGACAUUGUUUUCACAUCAUAGUUUUGUUGAUCUAUUUUUUAAGAGUCCUACAUAUUUGUAGACUAUUAAUUAUCCAAUAAAAAGAUUUAUCAUAAUGGUUGGUUAUUUUCCAAGUGAAAUAGAACUAGCACUAUAGCACAAUGCACGAGGUUUUUGUCACUGCUUAGUUAGGGAAGUGUUAGACAUAUGCAGUCUUGCCUCUGCAUGAGGCUAGACUAUUGUUUAGAAUGCAUCAUAUAUCUAUCGUCCUGUAACUUCUCUUCUGGUUCUAUAUCAGUAAGCCAAGAGACAGAUAUAGCCUUUGGCAUAUUAUUUGGACAAAAAUGAAACUCAUUGAAUUGUGAUUUGUGUACUGCAAAGUUUUACCAUCACUGGUGUAUCAUUGGAAGUUCAAUUACCACAACCAAAUAGUCUGAAAAAAUUAAGUGUGUGUGAGUACUUGAAAAAAAAAAAAAACUAACUAACUAACAAAAUUUAAGGUUGUGUACCCUCUCAACACAACACACCACUGCUCAAUAUAUCAUUACUAUUAAUAUAUUUUUUUGUCUCGUUUAUAAUAGGCACAUUGUAAGGAUUGCAUGAGCUGGAGAGAGGAGAUCACAUGUCAUAUUAAGUAACAAAGAAAGGAUAAUUAACAAGCAUUGACUAAUCAUAUUGAGCCCCAUACAAGAAGCAUUGCAGCUCUCUUAGUAGAAGGAAAAGCAGGUGAGCCUUUUGUGCUUCUGGGAAAUGGAAGUAAUGGAACAACAGGAGGAGGUGGAGGUGGAAGUGGAAGUGGCUUUGCAAAGAAGGCGGCCUCAGCAUCAAAACAAUACUACUAAAGAAGAUGGAGAGGACAAGGGAAGGUUGGGAGAGAGUGUUUACCAUGACAACAAUAGAGGUACUGAAACAAUAACUACUGGAAUUUCUGGAAUAAAAAAUGCUACUUUUGAAUGUUCCCUUUCUGAGUUGAAUUUUACAGAUCAGGGCAAUGGAAAGAUUUUAAGCAAUGACAUCAACCGUCAAAGAGAAAAUCUGAAGGGUGAAAUUUCAUAUGCCUUAGAUGCACAGUUUAAGCUUGUAGGUAAACGAACAAGAGAAAAUGAAGAGAGUGAAGAGGUAGUGAUAGAAUUGGAAUUCGAGAGGACAGUAGAGGAUAUGGACACACAUGCAUUGUAUUGUCCUAAUUGUAAUUCUUCCAUUACCAAGGUUAUUCUUCGUAGAAAGAAACGUCGUGAGUGUGCAGUGGGAUGCUUAUCAUGCUUCACUAUAUUCAUUCCUGAAGGGGGAAUUUUUGGGUUUGGAAGAAAAAAUAAGAACCCGGCAUCAGAUCCAUCUCUUAUCUUGAAUGCAGCACAGCCUGAUCAAAGUGGCCAAACAAUAUGCAAUAAUGGAGUUCAAGGACCUGUGCCACCUCGGGAUCACAGAAUCGACGUUGUAGGGGAACCAGAUGAAAAACCCAUGAAAGGGGCCGAACCUCUCACAAAGCCACAGAGUAAAAUUGAAGAUACGAAGAAUGAUGACGCCAAACAGCCUAAAGAUGAUCCAACAAUCACAUGCCCUAUUCCUGAUCCAACAGAACAGAUAACUGGAAGUGAAACAAAAGGUUCUAAAACAUUGGAUAUCCUGAAAAGCAUUGUCUAUGGCGGUUUAGUGGAAUCAAUUGCAAGCCUGAGUGUUGUGUCAUCUGCCGCGGCUGCUGAUGCUACCACAUUGAACAUUGUAGCUUUGGGAUUGGCAAAUCUGAUUGGUGGACUUUUCAUCAUUGGUCAAAAACUUCUGGAACUCGAAAAUGAUCAGUACGAAGAACUACUGGGAGGAAAGUGCUCACUUCAUGCCAUAGUUGCUCUGCUAUCGUUUCUAGUUUUCGGCUUAAUCCCUCCUGUAACAUAUGCCUUCUCAUUUUGGAAGAGUGACAACAAAGACCUAAAGCUCGUGGCAGUUGCAGCGGCUUCUAUUUUAUGCAUGGUUAUACUAGCAUUUGGAAAGGCUUAAGUCCGAAAGCUUCCCAAGCCUUGCACAAAGACUGUACUGUCCAAUGUCUGUAAUGCCAUUUUGGCCUCAGGAGUUUCUUAUGCGGUAGGCUAUCUAAUCAAGGAACUCAUGGAGAAGCUUGGCUGGUUCGAGUCAAAUGUAGAUGCCACUCUGUCCCUUCCUGCAAUGAGAACAGGAAAUCCAGCUUGGGGGUCCUAUUGAUGUCAUGAUCAGAGCAGAUGAAAAUAAAGUUGUUCAUGCCAAUUCUUUAUAUACAACAAUUGUCAAUUGCAGCUGUUUCUUUAUAAGUUGUAUGCUUUUAUUUGAUGUCCUGUAAUUUCAUUUUCUCUAAAUUUUAUGCUCUUUGUCCAAGUUUAUUUGAGUAAUGAAUGCCGACAUGCAUGAUGAUAUCAUCAUAUUGAAUGAUGUCAUCUCACUCAUAUAAAA